AUGGAUCUACCAGGUGUUCAAGGGACGAUCCCCAGCUGGAGAGGGAGAGAGAGGAAGCUCGGUCGCUCCGGCGCUGUUCCAUCUUCCGAUAUUAUCAAUGUGCCGCCGAGCCCGAAUGCAAGUUCCAAUUCAAGUUGGUGCUUGAAUGAAGUAGCCACCAUUUCUCAAAGUCUGGUACGAUUUGGCCAUCGGGUGCUUCCGGUUUUCUACAAAGUGGAUCCAUCCAAUGUCGCUGAGGAUUCUGGAAGCUAUGCUGCUACUAUUGAGCUAAAACAUGGAACUAGAAACAUUCCCGAGGAUAGGAAGAGAUGGAUGGAUGCUUUGAAAGCUGUGGCUAAUUGUGCUGGACACACCUCACAAGCAAUCAAGAUUGAAUCUGAGUUAGUUAAGGCGAUAGUGAAAGAUGCUCUAAAGAUACUAGUUGACAUGUCGCCAAGAGUGAAGUCUGAUACCUUGAUUGGCAUUGAUGCGGGUGUCACUGAGGUUGAAAAACUAUUAGCUAUGGAUGUAAAUGAUUUUCGCAUUAUUGGACUUUGGGGUAUGGGUGGUGUAGGAAAGACUACUUUGGCAAAAGCUUGCUAUCAAAGGUUUAUAUCCUCGACGAAAGGAACCAAACAUCAUUUUGUUAAGAACAUCCAUCAAACAUGCUACAAGCAACGUGGAAUUGAAGGAGUAGUACAAGAUCUCUAUUCAGCAUUGUUGUCUGAAGACAAUUUAAGUUACGAAGACUUGGAUAUUAGUUAUAGAAGGGAUCGUCUUUCACGUUUGAGGGUGUUCCUUGUUUUUGAUGACGUGGAAACUUGUUCACAACUGGAGCACUUGUUGUUGGGAGAUUUUUUCAAUACCUUAAAUCUCUUUGCCUUGGGGAGCAGAAUUGUUGUGACAACUAGAAAUCGAAGAGUGCUUGAAUACUCAGGGGCUAAUAUCUACCACGUUAGGGGUUUGCAAUUUCUCAAGUCACUUCAACUCUUUGGCAUACAUGCAUUUAGAAAAGAUACUCCUCCUGACGAUUGGAUGCGUCUGUCGGCUGAGGCUGUAUCAUACUGCAAGGGGAGCCCUCUAGCCAUAAAAGUCUUGGGUGGUGCAUUGUUUUGUAGGGACAAACGUUAUUGGCAGAGCUUCUUGCUUGAUUUGGAGAAAAUUCCGAAGCCAGAAAUAUAUGAUGUUCUUAGGAGAAGUUAUGAUGCACUUGGAAGCCUUGAGAAGAGAUUUUUUUUGGAUAUGGCUUGUUCUUCUCAGAGUAUGCAGAAAUCUACAUUGAUAAAAUGCAUGUCAACUAGUCAUUACCCUGCCGAUCAUGUAGUAGAGGAUCUAAUUGAUAAGUCCUUGUGCAUUUGUAUUCCUCAUGAGUCCGGUGAAAAGAUUGAGGUGCAUGAUUUGCUAAAAAAAAUGGCUUGGGACAUUGUUAAUGAAGAUUCAAAGCUUGAAGAUCGUAGCCGGUUGAAAAACCAGGAUGAUAUUCAGAAAUUAUUGACGAUGUCAAAGGCGAAAAGUCGUAGGGCAAUCGAAUGCUUGAUAUUAGACCUUUCCCAUGCCAAUGAGAUGUAUUUGGAACCCAAUGCCUUUGAGGGGAUGAGUUCUCUUAGACUGAUCCAAUUCAUGUACUCAACAAAAGAGGUCGGGACUAGCAAAGUUCAUUUACCGUAUGGCGGUCUUGAUAUCCUUCCUGACAGUUUAAGGUGGUUUUGGUGGGACAGAUUCCCAUCAAAAUCUCUACCAUCGAGAUUUUCUCCAGAAAACCUGGUCGUACUUAUCAUGCACGGUAGCCUAGUGAUGGAAAGAUGCUGGGAAGUUCAGCAAAUGCUGAUGAAUCUAGUGGCGCUUGACCUCUGCCACUGCAUAAAUUUGGUAGCAAUUCCGGACCUAUCUUGGUCUUCAAAUCUCGAGUACCUCAUUCUCGAAGGAUGCAAAAGCCUAAUUGAGGUAUCAUUUCAUGUUCAAGAUCUGGAUAAGCUGAUCUCACUCAACCUUAAAGAUUGUACAAACCUCCAGACUCUUCCAGCGAAACUCAACUCAAAGUUCCUCAAGUAUGUUCGGUUAUCCAAGUGUCCCAAGGUCAUUCAUUGUCCAGAGAUUAAUUCAAGAGAGUUGGAGAUUAUGGAUUUAGAGGGUACACCCGUGCUUGCCCUGCCGAGUGCAAUAUACAAUAUCAAGCAGGCCGGUGAGCUACGUCUCUGCGGCAAACACAUCACGAGUUUCCCUAUGAUUUCAGCAAGCUUGAAACUGUUACGGUUGUGCCAUACCACAAUAAGAGAAAUGGAUUGUUGUGAUGAUCAUGAUCAGCAGGGUACUUUGCCAAGAUUUGGUCGACUGGAGUUGGUUGGCAACCCUCAACUCAAGAGCUUGUCAAGGAAUAUAUGGGAGAUGGUCUCUCAAACACUCAUUAUCCAAGAUUGCCCGUCGAUUGAAACUUUACCGGAAAUCUCACAGCCUGUGACUGGCUUAACUCAGGUUAGUAUAACAGGAUGUCGAGACCUGAAGCGUUUUCCACCUGGUAUCAACAAUCUGGAAUCUUUGUGGGGCCUCUGUUUCACUGACACGGAUAUUAAGUCCCUGCCUCUUUGUAUCCUGGAACUUCACCAGCUCUCCCAUUUAAUUCUGUCUUCCAACAGAAGUCUGGAGUUCAUCCCAAGCAACAUCUGCAAACUUGUCAAGUUGUACUACUUGUCCUUGUCAGACUGUUCAAAGAUUCAACGUUUGCCUGAACUGCCACCCAAUCUUCUAACUCUGGAUGUAAGUGGUUGCGAAUUGUUACAAGCCUUACCAAGCAACUUAGGCAGGCUAAGAUGGAAGUCCCUGUACUUUGAAGAUUGCCCGCAUUUGGACACGAAUCUGCCUAAAGAAAUGGUGCACAAUUUCCCUAAUCAUGCCGUGUUGAAUCUACAUCCUCAGGUUGUACUUCAAUAUUCGGGGGAAGAGAUUCCAGGAUGGUUUGCUUACAAAAGCGUGGAUUUUGAGAAUGAUUCACGUUUGGUAGUGCAAUUGCCUCCUUCAAACGGCACGCGAGUACCCAAGGGGAUUGCAUUUGGCGUUGUGUGUUCUUCAGACAUUGGGCUUGUUGAGAUAUCUAUCACUUGCGAUGGCAACAUCGGCACCAUUGCCACUGCCUCUUGGAGUUCUCCUUUUUUCGGUUUGGGUCCGAACCAAACAAGUAGCGCAUAUAUGUGGUACGACAAGAACUUGCUAGGUGGGAUCAAGAAAGGAAUACAUGAAGUGGCAAAGCCUUGGUACGAGAGAUUUGCUGGACUCAUUGUUUCCUUCAGAUUUUCUCUUCAACCAUACAAGGGAGAAGAUCCUGAUAAAUUAAGGAGCAUCAGAAUCAAAAGGAUUGGCAUCUCUCUUCUGUACUAACUACUCAUAGACGUAGUUUGAUGGUUUGUGGGAAUGAUGGAAAUGGGCAAACGAUUGUUGUUGAUUGUUGUGAAGGCGACUGUCCCUUUUGUUAAUUUGUUGCAUCUGUAUCAGAAGUCAGAACUGUUCAUUUGCGC